AUGGAACGCCCACGGAUUCCAAGCGAAGCCGAAGUCGAGGCCAUCGAAGCUCAAAUCAAAGACCUUGAGAAACCGCUUGAAGACGAAAUCAUGAACAAUGAGUGGCGCCAGGACAACACAGUGGUCGCGGAGCGCCUCGGCAACGUCAACGACAGACUUCAGCAACGUAUCACGCGGCAGAACGUUGAUAUCAAGGCAUUUGAGAAGGAGCGACGCAAGGUCGUGAAGGAGAUCGAAGUCCUGAAGACAGACGUGCAGGGCGGAAGCAACGGAUUGGCUGAGGCGAAUCAGAAGCAUCAAGCGCAGAUGCAGGCACUGCAGGAUGAGAUCAAACAGGUCGAGAAGUUGGCCGAAGCUGAGCGGGAGAAGUUGAGAAAAGAGGAGCGGGCUGAAAAUAAGAAGCUGAACAACAAGCUCAAGGGCCUGUUGGCAUGA